ACCAAGCGCUAGAUUUAGACGACAUAGGCCCGGAUAGUGGAGGAUCGAGUGGAGGCGUGAUCGCCGCGUCAUGCCUCCAUACAGGGCAAUGCUCAGAGUACAGCUCCUGGGGAAAGUCGCAGAGGCGCAAAGAUAGUUGCGUUGAUAAAAAAUAGCUAAACGCACCAUGUUGGAAUUCGAUCCUGUACGAGUUGUUUCCCUUGUGCGACACUUGACCUUUGCUCUUUGACCUGUUGCAACACGACCUGAAACCCAAACACAGCAAUACACGGUCUAUGAACAGCAUUGAGACUGACGAUUACACUGUAAACUUUGAUUUCCCCUGAAAGGUAAUAAUGGAUGCAGAAAGAGAUUUGGUUACCAUGGCAACGGAGGCAUUGCAAGCUCACACCCGAUUGACUUACAAGUUACCUAGAACAUCCAAAGUCCGCGAAAAAGCUUGCGAGACCUUAGACAAUCUGAGAAGCAUCAAGGCUGAACUGGAUGGUUCAAAUGUGGACUUUGACCCCCCACAAAUCAAGCGUGACAAAUUAACAGAAUUUCGCCAGCUAACACUAAUGCAUAUCCCCUCAUCUGUGACGGAGGAGGUCCAGGUCAAAUUCAACAAUUUUGUCACGCAUGCAUUUAAAGGUGCUUGUCGCAAGGUGUUGAGUGUGACCCUAGUUACCUGCCCUUGGUAUCAAGUUACACAACAGGAAAGGGGAGAGAGGGCACGACAUAAUGUGAUAUUUAUUGUGUACCUGUCCCACGACCUCCAAUAUAUGGCACCGACCAAUUAUCACGACCAAGAGAAAGCUUUUGUCAUAGAUGAGGGCUGGUUGUACGCCGUGGAACUCUACCAUUUCCUUCACUUCCUGUCACGAGGAAGGACACGAUGUAUAGAGGUUCUGUUUGCCCCGAAAUCUGCUGUUUUAUACGAGGAUGAGGCAUGGAAAGAUCUACGACAGCAGAUGGAUUAUAAAGAUUUGUUGAGUUUGCAGGGGUCUGUGUGUUCCUGCCAAGGACAGUGUACAGGGAACAUUGGAAAGAAAACGUCUAAAAAAGGACCUUUCAGACUAAGGGAAACGGCAACAUUCCGGGACUUCUGUAAUAGUUUUAGGUUGAUUCAUCAUCUCUUCAAUUUGGUGUCUGGAUUACCUCCCCUGACUGACGUAUUUGCUGUAGAAGAUUUACCAGCGUUGGCCAAAGAAGGUGCUGAAAUGCUUCAAAGACUGUACAAGGAUCAGGAUACGUCAAAACGAGACAUUUUCAACAUUGUCAUGAAAUGGAAUGAGGAGGUCAAAGGUCAACUAUCUAAAUUGAAGUAUACAAAUGUAAACAAGAUUGAGGCGAUCAUCCAGAAAUGGCAGUUCGCUGUUCGCCUGGAGGGUCGAACACUUGUACAGCAAGCCCUCCCUGAUGAUCACAGUGGCCUGUUGUCCAUAAUGGAGAGAAUCGGCGGACCAGUGGGAAAGUUGGAGCCAAGCCAGAUCCUGCUGGUGGCCAGAGCAGGGAGCCACAUGUAUGGGCUGGCCACGCCGGAGAGUGAUAUUGAUUACGUAGUCAUUUACGCUGAGAAAACAGAGGCCGUGCUCGGAACAUGUAAGGCACUGAAGGACAGUUUUGAGAAUCGCGGUCCCACCAAGGACUUUGAGUAUGGGGCGUACGAGGCCAAGGUGUUUAGUGAGAUGGUGCUAAAGGGAAGUGUGGUGAUACUGGAGCUGGUGUUUGCUGAAGGCCAUGAAUACACUAGCCCACUAUGGAAGACUUUGAUUGAGAAGAAGAAAGCUUUCCUGACUGAGAUAGGUAUCCAGCAAUUCCUUGGUUUGAUCAAAAACAACUUCCAUCUGUUAGACCAGGAAAAACACAGAGGCACCCCAAGAGACCGAAAACUGUUUUACCAGAUAUUUCACAAGAUGGACAGCAUCCGGUACAUGAUGCAGGGGGACAUUCCGCCGAUACGCUGUUCUGGUGAGGUGAAGGACUAUAUCAUGAGGAUACGUACUCAGCCACUCAACGGAGAUUUGGACAGAGACGUGUUGAACCAAACAGCUCACCAGAAAUUUCACGAGCUACAGUUGGAGCUUGGAGCUCGUGUAGAACGUCUCAAGGAAAACAUGGACUAUGCGUUGGUUUCCGAUUGGCUGCUGUCAGUGCGCGGUUUUGAGGAUAGGAGGUAGUAGUGAUUGGUUCGGCUUGAUUUAGAGACAGUUGAAGAUUCCAACAUGACCAGAUCAAAGUUUUCCUGUCGAUUUUACCAUUAAGACAACCAUUGUAUUAAGAUCUUUUUUUUACCUUGUACAAAAAACUUACUUUUUAGAAAUGUUUUUUACAUACAAGAUAAUUUCUUGUUUUAAUAAGGAAAGUUUCUCUUAAUAAGUUUUAGACCAUGUAAAGUAUGAAUAUUUUGUUACGAUUUGAAGACCUCAAUCAAAAUAAAAAAUAAUUUCUCAUUUUCUCCUUUAAAAACACAAUAUAGCACAUGUAACACAAUAACCUAGCUGGUCUAACAGCCUUUCGUAAUUAUCAUACACCCUGAUGCCCAAGUUUCCUCUGGCCCUGACACCAGACAGACAUUUUGACAGAUAGAUACUUGUACCAGACAUCUAUCUGUCAAAAUGUCAAAGUCUGGUGUCAGGGCCAGCGGAAACUCGGGCUAACUUCCCCGGUGUUACUGUCGAUGAAUAAUUUCAUUCAGAGAUAUUCUGAAAUAAACAGAAUAUGAAAUAUUGAUUUAAAAAGCAAGAUAACUUACAUAUAUAUUGACACAUGUGUUUCAAGUAAAAAUCAAUAUACAAAUCUCCAAGUCGCAUAACUUUCGCUGUGAUAUCCUGAACACAAGUAUCACGUUUCGUAAUCUUGCAGGGUGUCUGGACACUUCUCACAUACGUGAUAAUGUCCCGCCCGGCCAAGAUGUAUGGUCGCUGUACCCGCUAGCUUUCCCUUAAGCACCAAAAAUAUACAAGUAAUUAAAUAUAUAACACUGGACUGAUAUAUAUAUUUUUUUUAUAUAUAUAUGUAAAUAUAUCAGAGUUUUGAAACUCCUGAUUGCUUGACAGCGAGAAGAAAUUUUGUAAAAUUCUCAAAUUAAUGUUCACCUGCUGUGUGUUUAAAUUGACAUAGUUGUUUGUCAAUGGUUUGCCGAAUUGUGGACAAUUUCAGCAAGGCAUUUUGUUAUCCAUAUGAAGAAUAUGUUGCUAAUGUCUUGAUCUCUGGACAUUUCCCUACACCAUCUUGGAGAUUUCCCUACACCAUCUCGGACAUUUCCCUACACCAUAUCUCGGACAUUUCCCUACACCAUCUCGGAGAUUUCCCUACACCAUAUCUCAGACAUUUCCCUACACCAUCUCGGAGAUUUCCCUACACCAUAUCUCGGAGAUUUCCCUACAUCAUCUCGGAGAUUUUCCUACACCAUCUCGGACAUUUCCCUACACCAUCUCGGAGAUUUUCCUACACCAUCUCGGACAUUUCCCUACACCAUCUUGGAGAUUUCCCUACACCGUCUCGGAGAUUUCCCUACACCAUAUCUCGGAGAUUUCCCUACACCAUCUCGGAGAUUUCCCUACACCAUCUCGGACAUUUUCCUACACCAUCUCGGAGAUUUCCCUACACCAUCUCGGAGAUUUCCCUACACCAUCUCGAACCAUAACAACUCAAUGCAUUAAAAUGUUUCGGAGGGUACGUGACAUCCUUGCACUGUGUGACCUUCGACCCAAAGUUUGUCCUUUCCCUAACUGUUGUAAAAGACUAGGACAUUUAUCAGAGUUAUCACUUUUCAUCUCCUGUUGGCAUAGUAACUAGGUACUGGUGGCUGUCUUAUCUGUCUUCCCCAUGAGGGGUGCUACCCCCUCCCCCGUAAAAAAUA